AUGUGGCUAUUGUUCUUGAGAUCAAGAGAAGUUUCGGAAGUAUACCCAAGCCAAAAGCACAUGGUCUUGUUAUCGAUCUUUGUAUCCAAAUGUCGUGCUCCGCCAAUACAGCAAGAAUACACUAUAUCAGCUAGUGGACUGGCAAUAUUCUCGAUUCUGAGAGCUGUCUUGCUUGUCUACAUGAUUCACGUCGUAACUGUUCGACCUAGAACCGGAAUCACAGAUUUCCCUACUCUUCAUCGACGUAUAAUAGCCUUUAUAUACCCUACCGGUGGAAUAGGCACAUCGAUAUAUUCUAUGUACAAAUUAUUCUAUGCUGAUAAAAUACUCGGAAUCAGCCAGUACAGCCACUUGUUGAAAAGAUACGAAAAAGAGGAACAAGAAGAAAAAGAGCAAAAAGCAAAAGAAGGCAACGGUAUAAUGGCAGAAAAUACAAAUUCACCACACACACCGCUUUUACCCAAAAUAUCCACGCCAGAGGGCGAGAAAAAUCAGGUGGACAGCACAAGGUUGACAGAAUCUCAAACACUUUGCUUAAAGGUUUCCAAAUUAAGAGAACGACUAGUCAAGGCUAUGAAAAUAGAGAGAAUCAAGAUUGACGAGUGGGACAAUUCGCCUCAUCUGGCAGCAUUUUUGCAUGUAAUUGGACCGGAAAAUUCAAGGAAAACAAGACAUUGCAUCUUAAGUGGUUCGGUAACCAUCGGGUUCGACAAUAAAACAUCAAAUAUGUACAUCGGAGACAGGUGCAAAACCAAAGAAAUCUCUGUACUUGGACCAGGCGCAAUCUGCGAAAGUCAAGGGAAAAUACACCCAACUUCCUUGCGAUACAUGUCGAUUGAUAUGAUAAACCAGCUCGAAACAGCCUAUAAUACAGAUAAUACAUCCUAUGUCGAGUUAUUUGUCACAAUUGGCCAGAUAUUCUUUACCACACUUGAAUGCCUAAACUUAGACGGAGACAGGUGGAUCAAGGUUGUCCUUAUUAUAUACACAGCAACGGCAGCCCUUCAGACCGUCUCGCUCCUAGUCCUACACAAGCAAACAACAGCCUUUAGUAUCAAGGAUGAGGAAGACAAACAACUAGUGGACACGUAUGAAAAGCGUCUUUUAACUGAAGAGGAUCGGGAAAUCUUUCGCAAAAUUAUAAUCGACUUGGAUCAAAAUGUAAAUCUGACACUGUACGGAAUCCUUUUUGGAAUAAUAGUAUCCCUGGCGAUUGGCGUGUGGGCGGAUUACAGCAUCCACAGUGUAACAGAAUGGCUGGUAAUAUCCUGGAUCCUUAGCCCUUGUCUUAUUGCUAUAUUUAAUCAGGCUGUUGCAUCUCUUGGGCAUUGGGAUAAUCUUGUGCUUACGAUGGCAGUUCCUAUCAUAUCGAUGCUUUCCUUUGGGUGUCUCAUUGCUGCUACAAUUACUGGAUACAUGCCAGAAUAA